UCAAGUGAGUUGAAUAUAUAUAUUAAUUGUCCAUGAUAGAGUAAAGGGUCAUCUUCUUCUUUUUUAUAAAUAUCCACAUCCCACUUCAUCUCUUUUAGCCAUUUUCUGCAUCUCUCUCCAGUUGUUCUUCUAGGUUGGAAAAAAAAAACAAAUGGAAUUUCCAAAUCUUGAUGAUGAGUCGAUGAGAUUGGAGAUGUCAUCAAGUCAGCUGAGAAAGAACGGGAGGGGAAAGAUCGAAAUUAAGCGGAUCGAGAACACUACUAAUCGCCAAGUCACGUUUUGUAAACGCAGAAACGGUUUGCUGAAGAAAGCCUAUGAAUUGUCUGUUCUUUGCGAUGCAGAAGUUGCUCUCAUCGUCUUCUCCAACCGCGGUCGCCUCUAUGAGUAUGCUAACAACAGUGUGAGAGCAACCAUUGAUAGGUAUAAGAAGGCUUAUUCGGAUUCGACCAACACUGGCUCCGUGGCCGAAGCAAAUGCGCAGUAUUAUCAACAAGAAUCUUCAAAAUUGCGUGCCCAGAUUAGCAAUUUGCAGAACUCAAACAGGUACCUUAGCUUAAUUUACAUUAAUUACCUUUUUAAAAAUGAAAUUAUAAAUAAAUAUGCAUAUACAUGCAGGCACAUGCUGGGUGAGGGUAUUAGCACCAUGCCUCUUAGGGAUUUAAAGAAUCUGGAAAAUCGUUUAGAAAAAGGAAUUAGCAAGAUCAGAUCCAAGAAGAAUGAAUUACUACUUGCUGAAAUCGAAUUUAUGCAAAAGCGGGAGGUUGACUUGCACAACAAUAAUCAAUUUCUGCGAGCAAAGUUUGGUGAAAUGAAUCAGAUAGUUGAAGGCGAGAGAGUACAAGAACACCAACAAAUGAACUUGGCACCGCAAGUUGGUGGUGGUUCCAUAGACUAUGAGCUCGUUCCAAUUCCGCAUUCCUUCGAUAAUCGAAACUUCUUCCAGGUCAACGCUCUGCAGCCCAAUCAACAUCAAUAUUCGCGUUCCUCCGACCAAACAGCACUUCAACUAGUCUAAAAGACGAUUCAAAGGGGUCCUUGGCGAGAGCAUGUCCAAAUGGUUUCUUUACAUAAGAAAAUUAAUUAUAUUAAUGCAUGCAUGUAGUUUCAUUAAAUAUAAAACCCUGUUUAGUCUCAUGUUAUUGGACUUUGCUACAUAUGGUGACCAUAUUAUUUAACAUAAUAAUGUG